AAAUAUUGUGGCGAGUAGGAAAACAUUAUACCCGCUCUAAUAUACAAACUUAAAUCUCUGUAGCUGGGACCGUGAUUGCGUGAGGAAACAUUUGCGACAUGGCACAACAGGAGCAGCAGAAGAAAAAGAAGGAGAGUAUCUUAGAUUUGUCAAAAUAUAUUGACAAGCAAAUACGUGUCAAAUUCCAAGGAGGCAGAGAAGUGACCGGGGUCCUGAAGGGAUUUGAUCCUCUCCUGAAUUUGGUACUGGAUGGAACAACAGAGUUUAUGCGAGAUCCAGAUGACCCAUUCAAGCUCACUGAUGAUACCAGGAACCUUGGUCUUGCAGUAUGUAGAGGAACAUCGGUGGUCCUUAUAUGUCCUGCGGAGGGAAUGGAGCCUAUAGCUAACCCUUUCGUUCAACAAGACGGGUGACACUGUAGGGGCUAGGAGAUGUCUUGGGAUGCUUGUCAUUUUAUAUAUUGGGGUUGGAUUCUUGUACAGGAGGGUUGGGUUGAUCUUUGUGUAAAAGCUCAUUUCCUUUUCUUCAAAAGAUAAAAUAAUGUUGGUUUGUAUUAUGCUUUUGAUAUAUUGUUUUACAAAGUGAUCACAGAUUUCUACAAUUUUAUUCAUUAUUAUCCCCCUGAUUAUUCAAGAAUUUCUUGAUGGUUAUGUCAAGUCUCAGGCGUAAAUUAUGUUGUUUUUUUUUGUGUUUUGGAAGUAUGUUAAAACUGAAUGAUUGUAGAUGUUAAAUCAGCUGACAACUUAUCGCAUCAUUUCAAGUUUUAUAGCCUCUAUCAUUGAUAGAAAAUGAUGGAAGCAAGAUUAUAGUUUGAAAUGCAAAACAUGAAUUAUGCAUGUAGGUACUCUUAACCAAAUAUGAAAGUGAUGAGGAGACCAUAGCAUGUGGCAUGGUUGUAAUGGGGGUUGCUUUACACCUCCCUCUUGACAUGCUGUUUUUAGAAGGGAAUAAAGAGUGUUUAUGUUUUGUUUAUCCUCUAGGUACAAGAGACUGUUUACAGUAUAUAGCAGAUUAUCAGGGAACUAUAAUAUUUUAGAUAUUCUCUGUAGGAUUUCAUGGGGAGUGAGUAUUCACAAUUGGAGGUUUUCAUUAACCAUGUGUGGUAGCCUUAUUAAGAAAGCUGUUGAUAUCUUCUUUUGUCAAGAUAACCUGCUUAUGGUGCGUAGAGGAAUGGGGAAAAGGUCAAGGAAAGAGAAAGAAAAAGGAAAAAGUUGGUAAUGGAUUUAAGUUUUGUAUUAGACACACACAGAAGACUGUUUUGGCUUUCUUCUGUUCAGUUUUGUAUACCAAAAUGAAAGUCCUUGAGUUGUUGAAGUGUGAAUGAUGUAGUUCCAAAAAGAACUGUUGGUAUUCCUCUUAGAAUUGUUUUAAAAGAGAAUUCCAAAGUACAGUGCUCUUCCCCUUACCACAGAGUAAAAUAACUUGCUCCAAGAAGUUUGACCCUCUUAAAAGCCUGUUACUUAAUAGGCCAUUUUCAUAAUGUAACAAAUUUUGUGAACCACCUCGAUACAAAUUAUUUAAUUAACCCUUUACAAAUAAAUGUAUCUCAAUAUUCAAAUUCAAAUUGCAUACAUAGUAGUUGCUAGGUAGGACAAACAUUUGAUUCCAUUAAGAAAACGGCCUAUUCAGUUCUGCGUUGAAGAUUUAUUGAGGAAUGGCUUAUUUUUCAAAAGGAAUGACAAACAGCUGGCCUAUAACCUGACAUUUCAGAAAGGAUAGAGUCAGACUUAUUCUCUGUAAUGAAUAUACCUCCCUCUAUUGUCUCUGUUGCUGUUAUGUGAUUAUAGUACACGUACCUGUAAAUUGAUUUCCCAUAACCAUGUGUGGCUGUUAACAGGACAGAAACAAACUCAUUCUACACUAUGGCUAUGUCUCCCUCUAUUCUCAGUAUUAGUGUCAUCCCACAAAGUGCAGGGUGUAGGCCCAGUGGUUAAAUGUUUUGUGUACCUACAGCUGUUUUUGCUGUAUGACAGUUAUUCUUAACAUUAUGUUAAUUCAUGAAUAUGCAAUUUGUGUAUAACAGUUCCAAUACAGGAAAUAAUUGUUUUACGAAUUUGUGAUGAGAUCACAAACAUCACAUGGUGAAAAUGUUGUACAGUAAAAACUUCAAGGAAAGGUAAAAGAAAGAAAGGAUAUAUUGUGGUAGAGCUCGAAGUGCAGAAAGGGCAGUCAUUUUCUUUUCAAUUCUAUAACAGUAUUCUGUUUGUGGAUUAUGUUUUAAAAACCAUUACACAAUGCGAAUAUAAUUUGCAUUGUUGUCGUUGGAUGAUUUUCGUCAUAGCUUUGUUUUAAAACCUGAAUGUAAGCAUUGUUUGAAGUACUCAUUGAUUUAGUUUACUAGGUUUUGAUACUAUCAUUUAGAAUGCUAACUUGACUUUAACUGAUUCAAACAACUUGAUUUGAAAUCUAAUGGAAGUAGACUCAUUUUUUAUUUAAAUGUAUCAGAAAAUACAAAUGUACUUGUGAAUAAUACAGGAGAAAUAAAAUUUAAACUAGUAAUGUUUUCUCUUGCUAUACCCUUCUUUGUCUGUACAACAUAUGUUCACAAAAGCAGAAGCAGAGAUCUGGAUGGACCAUUCUAUUACGUUUCUUUCUUAAUAAAACAUAUAAAGACCAUGUA